CCUUAAACUUUUUUAAAGCCAUAUCCAGAAUAAUGAAGUAAGAACAAAGGCUUCUUUUUGAAGAUGUCAGAAUCUUCAGUGAAAUGUAAGAUACUUUUUCUCGUUGAUGGGAAUCAAGGCGGUUGUGCACAAGACGUGAAAAAUGAAGCAAAAGUUUUGGCUAACAGAGUAACUCUUUCAGCAUUUCGAAUCUUGACUGCUUUAAACGAAAGAGUCACGAGUAAAACGAACUUAAAAAGAGGUAACAAAACACAACACUUGAAAUGGAGUUACAAAAUUUAUAAUUCUUCAAAAUACACAUUGAAAAGACUUGUGAACCCUUUCAAAGAAUUCAAAACCAGGUACUUCGAAGAAUUUGAAAAUGAAGUUGAGAGAAAUAUCGAAACAGCAAUACAGGAUAUUCAGUCAGAUAUUGACACUGUAGGACACAUACAUGGAAAACAAUACCCAGCAAACAUACUAAAUAAGGUUCUAAAUGAAAUUGUUCUGGAUUAUCAGUGGGAGGAUCCAGAUAUUUUCUCACCAGUUAAAAGUAGGAGAAAGAGUGUUAAAAAUGAAAAUCAUAGCAAAACAGAAAAUUUUGUGUUUUUAUUUGCAAACAGCCCUAAAAACCCAGUAGGAUUAAGACAGUUUUCAGGAAAAGUUGUACUCGAUGAUGAGAUCUUUCUGGAUUCUUUCAUGCCGCCAGACUUAAUAAGUACAUUUUCUCACAAUAUCAGGCUCUCAAUGAACUGGAUAGACACUGAUGUUUCCUUUCUUGAUGUAAACCCAGUGAGUGUCCAGUUUGUGGAAUCUGCCAUCCAUAAACUUUAUGGAAGCCUUAUACCAGUGGAAACAUUGGUUCAGUCAAAUAGACAGUGCAUUGGUAAUAUUUUCUCGAAUCUAAAACCAAAACCAGUUGAAGGUGUUCUACACACCUGGAAAGAUUCAUCAGCUGUCAUGGGACUUGUUUCCUACACCUCUGUGAUAGAAUAUCAUCUGCAACAUCAGUCCAAGUUAGGAGCUGAGACUAUUGACUCCUCCACUAUCAAGUGUAAUCUCACAUCGAGUGAUGACUCACUGAUGUGCCAAUUCAGUAUUUCCCCUGCACAGACUUCAACACUUAAUGCAAGUGGUAGGUCACCAAAGAGACACAAAAGAAGCCAUGCAAAAGACAAGUUAAAGGCUCAGGAAAAAUAUUCAGUGUUACCUCUUAAUGAUAACAGCAUAACUCUAAGGAUGUAUGGAGUUCUCCCUUUAAGAGAUACUGAAUUUAUUAAGUACAAAUAUGGAGAAGAUUUCAUCUGUUGUGAGGAUGAUACAGAUAUGGAGAGUGUUUGUCUGGUGCCAUUUGAGGACUUAAUAAGGAAGCUAAUAGCAUCCACACAAGUUCUGAUUUUAGUGACAAAGAGCACCCCUGUCUUAUUUGUCCUGCGACCUUUGACUCCCACAUCAGCUACGCUGAGUUCACUUUGCCUUAGUGAAUCCCUGGAUGUGGAAAAAAAGCUAUUGUGUUCAGAAUCCUCACCUAAAAAGAAAACUAAAGUUGUGAAGGAAAAACCAUGGGAUCAGUUGAUAUCUAGAGCAGUUCAACAUAGCAGCAAAUGUGCUAGCACCUCCACUGAUCAGAAAAACAGACAGUGCUUUGAUCCCAAUGUUCUGGGGAGGACACAUUUACCUGGUUGUAGAUCUGGUCUGGUGUCUCUGAUUGAGAAACUCAACAACAGAAUAUCUCAACUGGAAUUUCUGAAUGAAAAUGAAGUUGAAACUUUGAAAGAACUACAACAGGUUUAUCGGCAAGAGAAUAAACCCAUCAGACCAAGAGAGACUGUGCAGCCCCAGUUACAAGAAUUUGAAGAAGGAACUCCCUCUCAGCCAGGGUCACAGAGUACAGAUACACUGCCUUCUCGUGGUGUUCUGAUGGUAAACAAGAGCAGACUAUCAUCUGUAUUCAAGGAGGACAACUCUGCAGUAACAAAGACUCCAGAGACUGUAAAAAAUACCAACACAGAUAUGACCAGUUUGCAAACUGAGUUUGAAUCAGAAGAAGAACUUGUGGAAUAUUUGAUUAAAUCCUACAAUGAGAGGGUGGUGGAAGGAUGUGAGAAUUUUUACUUGGCAGCACAGAGUUUAGUGAUGGUGCCAUUGCAUUAUGUAAAAGACCAAAAUGUGGAUAAUCCCCAGGAAAAGUGUAUUGAGCUUCUGGAGAGAGGAGUAGUUUUGCCCAUUGGAUCCUUGAAAGAGAGACAUCAGAAAGAGGAAAGAAAAAGUCAGACACAGAUAGAACUACAGCUGCAGACAGUGCUGAGAUUUGAGAUUCUCUCUUUUCUACAACAAGGGGACCAGUCUAUGACAGAAGAAGAUAACAGACUUAAUGAUAUUGUCACCCUUUUGAGGACACUCAGCUUUCACACAGAUCCCAAGUCCCUGUCUGACUUUAUGAACAAUAGUCUUGUUGAAAAUUACAUCCACACAUUGCCACAAACUCUGGGUAAUGUUUAUGAUGAAUUGAUGCAGCCACUUCCUGUUGCCCUGGAAGCCAUUCUUUCCCCUGACAAUAGUGCUGACCAAUCAGUGUUCAGCAAAUCAGUCAUGGAGGCAGAGCUUGACAAGAGUAUAGAACCAUCCUCCUCACAGCCUCCUUCUAUCUCAGAAGUGUUACCAAAAUCUAAUGAUGCACCAGUUAGUAAAACAAGGACCAGAAAAAUUAUGCACUACCCAAGUUUGUCAGAUAUUGGAUCAAAACGUCAGAUAUUUGUCAACACAUCUACAUCAAAUGUUAAGGAGCCUUCUUCUUCACGGAAGAGGAGAAAAUCAAAAAGAGAUUUAACAAGGCAGUUUAAGAGCAAAAUAAAGCUAGAGAGAAGACAGUCAGUGGCAGUGAUGGAGACCAUCAAGUCCCCCAAAGGAAGAAAACUGGCAUCCUCUAAACUCAAGUCCUCUAAACAUUUGUUGUCUCCACCAUUCAAGUCUCCAGCCAGAAAACCUCUGGUCACAGAAACCCCAUCACACAAACAGAAGAAUUCUGCUAUGUGGAAACGACAGGAGGCAGAAAGAAGGAGAUCCCUUAGUAAUACUGCUGUUAAGGUGGUGGAGGAAUCACCCCUCAAAUCAGAGAGACCAUCAUUACUCAGCCCAUCCCAGAAUAAACGCGCUCUGCAUAAGGUCAGACGUUCAUUUUAUUCAGCCUCAGCAGGUCCUCUGAUACGAUCUAGGUCAAUGACCCAAGCAAAUGUUGAAUUGGGAGAUAGAAUUGCAGGCAGGAUCCAACACUCUUCAGGAAAACUCAACAGUAUUCUUAAAAAACCUCCAAGUCAGUCAGCUUUAUUCAAGUCACCAGACAAAAAUUCUUCAUUCUUGCUAUCACAGUUGAUGGGAAGUCCAACUCCACAGAAGAAAACAUCCAAGACACCAGGAAAAGGAACUCCCAACAAAGUAAUUGCAGAGUCUCCUAGUAUGUUCACAAGAUCCAGGUCGCCAUGUAUAUCUAAAGGUUUUCCAAAAGCUUUGUUUCAGGAGAGUCCUAAUUGUAGAAAGAGUCAACCAAAAGUUGUCCGACACUCACCAAGUCUAGAGCAGUCAGAAGGAAAAGAGGAUGAAAAAAAUGUAAAAUUUACCAACACACCCAGAAAAUCUCCUGACUUUCUAGUAGCUGAGUCUCCCAGUAAUAACACAAGAUCUAAAACUUUGAUGACUCCAACAAGAAAAUCUGUCCGGGCUCUUUUGUUUGGAAAGAGUCCUGAGGGAAAGCCUGUGGAAGACAGUAAAAACAGAAACACUCCAUCAAAAUCAACCCCAAGAGCUCGAAGAUUAAUACUGAGUAAAACACCAGUGAAAGGUCAGAAGUCUAUCACUAUUGACCAGCAUACUGGCAACACAGAAAAUCUGACUCAGAAAAAAUUGGAUGAAAUGAAACAUACAUGUACAGAUGAUUCCUCAAGUUCAACAUCUAUAAAUGAUGGAAAAGGAGAUGCGAAAAAAUCACCAGAAAAAAGUAGAACCCCUUCCCCUAAAAUCCAAAGGAAAAUUCGUACACCAAGUUCUCUUAAUCAUUGGCAAAGACGGAAAAGGGGCAGAGAUGAAAGCAUGCUAUCUCCAAAACAAUUGUCAAGGAAGUUUGGUACUGAGAGUACACAAAGCAGUCAGGAAAGCAAGGCUGUUGAAGAGGACAAUGAUACGAUCUUCUCUUCACUGUCUCAGGAAGAAAAACAAGUCAACAACAAAAAGAGAGGCCUGGAAUCUACAGAGGACUUGUCAACCAUAUUCUCACCAAGUAAAAUAAAGAGAACAUUGUUGAAAAACUCUGACCAGAGUAGUUUUAGAACAUCAUAUACCCUUCAUAACAAGAUAAUAGAAAAAAAAUCUUCAUUGCUUUCUUUUGCUAGUGGAAACAGUGAAGGUUUUGACACAACAGGCUUGACAGAUUCCCAGACUAGCAGUGUGGGUCUCCAUUCUAACUUAAGUAGAAUGUCUCAAGCAAGUACCUCUUCCAUGGAAUUUUCCAAUGCUAAUGAUGAAGUUUUCUUGUUAGAGAGUCAAAGUGGAGAAAAGACUGACACAAAUAUUACAGAACAGAAUACAGAUGCUGACAUUGGCUGUAAUUCUCCAGUGUUUGGAUCAGGGAAUAAAACCAGAAAAAUACAUCUGUCAGGAGCAAAUAAUGGACGAAAUUCAGGACAAAAAGUGUCUCCUUCUGGGAGGAAAUAUUCUCCUAAUGUCUCUGCCAAAAGUCUCAUGCAUCUAAUGAAUUCUCCACUUGUCACCUCUGAGAAAGUAGAGAAAAGUCCAAAUGUGAGUAGGAAUGUUGCUAUUGUGAGGCAUCAAAGACCUCGAUCAAGACGGUCAUUAAAUCUUCAACAGUGAUUAUAAUAUGGUGCAUUUGCUCUUGCUAGACGACACCGUCUCACAAAAGUUCAGGAAACAAUAAACGCAUAUACAUGUAUAUAUGUAAAUUAUGAACUGACAUUCUUUUUAAUCAAGUGUACACUAGCUGUUAGAUGUGCUUUGAAAAUAUGAUUAGGCACAACAGACUAUUUUUGUGAAAUAUAUUUAAUCAGAUUUAAAACA